GGAUUAGCUGGAUCAAUAAACUGGAAACGGUAAAAAAACAAACAACAGCUGGCGCUGUUCAAACAACAGCACCCACCAAACCCUAAAAAACAAUUGCCCUGUUCAAGCUGCUGAAGCUCCUGUCAUACUCACAAGUCACAUCUAUUUCUGCCCUGCUUUCGAACCGUAGCACGAGCACAAAAUGUUGCAGAACAAAUCUUUCGUGCGUAAAACACGUCAAGGAAAAGUCGUUAAGGUUGUUCGGGAGCACUAUUUACGAGAUGAUAUAUACUGCGGAGCUCCGUCGUGUCAAGUUUGCGAUACGAAGGACGCUCGGCUGAGCUCUUCGAUACCGAGUGUGCUUGUUUUGGACACGAAUGUCGUGCUCAAUCAGAUUGAUUUGCUUGAGAAUCCGGCGAUUAAUAAUGUCGUGGUGUUGUCGGUGGUGUUGGACGAGGCGAAGAAUAAGAAUCUUUCGGUUUAUAAUAGACUUAGGGCGCUUUGCAGCAAUUCUUUGAGGAACUUUUUCGUGUUUUCUAAUGAAUACCACAAAGACACAUAUGUGAAGGCUAUGGUCGGUGAAAGUCCAAAUGAUCGUAAUGACAGAGCAAUUCGUGUGGCAACCCAGUGGUACCAAAAUCAUCUUGGCAGUCGAGUUCAGGUUUUGCUAAUUACAAAUGAUAGAGAAAAUAAAAGGAAAGCCACUGAAGAGGGCAUUUCUGCAGAGACAGUUGAGUCAUUCGUAAAGUCUCUUGGUCAACCGGAAUUGCUUGAUCUUCUUGUCCGUCCUCAAUCUGACGAUGUCCAUAUGGUAGAUUCUGAAGAUCUUAGACCUUCGAAGAGAAAAGUGAUAUAUACUGAGCACAAGCCCAUGUCAGAAAUUACUGCUGGCCUACAUAGUAGAAUCUAUCAUCAAGGAAAACUUCGGGUUAAUCGUUACAAUCCAUUUGAAGCAUAUGUUGGUAGUGAAAGUAUUGGUGACGAGAUCAUUAUCUAUGGACGUCCUAACAUGAAUCGGGCUUUUGACGGCGAUAUAGUCGCCGUUGAACUGCUGCCACAAGAACAAUGGCAGGAAGAGAAAUCUCUACUUUUAGCUGAUGAAGAGGAUGAACCUGAAGAUGAUGUUCACCUAGUCCCUGCCAGCGCUGAUGAUGCUCCCAGGGUUGCAAAUCCAGUUGAAGGAUCAGAUGGAACCAUGAAAUCCGUUGCUUCGCGCCCAGCCGGGCGUGUUGUUGGUGUUAUUAAGCGGAACUGGCACUCUUAUUGUGGAUCUUUGGAGCCAAUGCCUAUGCCCGCAGGUAAUGCUGGUAUCGCCCAUGCAUUAUUUGUCUCGAAAGAUAACAGAAUUCCGAAGAUACGAAUUCAAACUAGACAGCUUGAAAAUCUUAUGGAUAAAAGAAUUAUUGUUGCUGUUGAUUCCUGGGAUUGUUCAUCUCGUUAUCCUUCUGGUCAUUACGUGAGAACUAUUGGACAAAUAGGUGAUAGGGAUACUGAAAGUGAGGUAGUAUUAAUAGAGAAUGACAUAGAUGCAAGACCAUUUUCCUCCCAGGUUCUGGCUUGCCUCCCACCCAUUCCCUGGUCUGUGUCUCCAGAAGACCUAAGCAAUCCAAUUAGGCAGGAUCUGCGUCAUAUACGUGUCUUUAGUGUUGAUCCACCAGGAUGCAGGGAUAUUGAUGAUGCAUUACAUUGUACGGCUUUUCCGAAUGGAAACUUUGAAGUGGGAGUUCAUAUUGCUGAUGUCACAAACUUUGUCCAUUCUGGUACUCCUCUCGAUGAAGAGGCUACUCAAAGAGGCACUUCUGUCUACCUUGUUGAACGCCGUAUUGACAUGCUCCCAAAGCCUUUAACAGAGGAUAUUUGUUCUCUUCGAGCUGAUGUUGAGAGAUUGGCCUUUUCUGUUAUUUGGGAAAUGACACCUGAAGCAGAAAUUAUUUCUACAAGAUUUACAAAAAGUAUAAUCAAGUCAUGUGCAGCAUUGUCUUAUGUAGAAGCGCAAGCAAGGAUGGAUGACAGGCGCAUGGUGGAUCCUUUAACUGCAGAUUUAAGAAAUAUGAAUUCUUUAGCCAAGAUAAUGAGGCAAAGGCGGAUUGAGAGAGGGGCACUAACGCUUGCUUCUGCUGAAGUGAAGUUUCAAAUUGAUACUGAAACUCAUGAUCCUCUAGAUAUUGGUAUGUAUCAAAUUCGGGAAGCAAACCAGAUGGUUGAGGAAUUUAUGCUUGCUGCUAACAUUUCAGUUGCUGAAAAGAUUCUGAAACAUUUUCCUGUGUGUUCACUGUUAAGGCGCCAUCCUAGUCCAACUAAAGAGAUGCUUGAGCCUUUGCUACGUACUGCUGGUGCUGUUGGUCUCAGUCUGGAUGUGUCUUCAUCAAAGGCACUAGCUGAUUCACUUGAUCAUGCAGUGGGCGAUGAUCCAUACUUCAAUAAAUUGAUCCGUAUACUUGCAACGAGAUGCAUGUCACAGGCAGUAUAUUUCUGUAGUGGAGACCUCAGCCCUCCAGAGUUUUUCCAUUAUGGACUUGCAGCACUGUUGUAUACGCAUUUUACCUCCCCUAUCAGGAGAUAUGCAGAUGUUGUUGUACACAGGUUGCUUGCUGCAUCUUUAGGAAUAUACAAGCUUCCAAAUAUAUUCCAAGACAGACCCCAACUCACCAGUAUUGCUGAUAAUCUAAACUAUCGACAUAGAAAUGCACAAAUGGCAAGCCGUGCCUCAGUAGAGCUCCAUACAAUCAUAUAUUUCAGAACAAGACCUACAGAUACCCAAGCCAGAAUAGUGAAGCUAAGAUCAAACGGCUUUAUAGUAUUUGUACCCAAAUAUGGUAUUGAAGGACCUGUAUACUUGACCGCGAGAGGUGAGAAGGGAGGCGGAGAAUGGUCGGUAGAUGAGCAACAACAGAAGAUUAAGAAGAUGGACGGUAGUGUCUGCUACAGCGUUCUUGAUACCGUAAACAUUCAUAUGGAAGUUGUAGAACCCCAACCGAAUAGACCCAAGCUUCAGCUGACACUUGUCUAAUACCCUAAAAGACCUACAAAAAAGAAAUACAGCACCGAGUCUUGUUGUGUUGAGAGUUGUUAUAGGGAAGAGAGGUAUAGCUUGUGGGUAUUACAGAACAAGAUAUAUUUUUAGUUUUAUACAAUGUGAUUAACUAUUUAUCUUCUUAUUUCUUACGUUUGAAUUGAACUUGACAAUAGUAGACAUUCUUAGUCGAUUCCGUACA